AUGGUCUACGGCAAGAUGAUUUCCGAAUUCAUGGUGCCGGAUGUCUACGCAAACGAUCCCAUCGAGGACUUAGCCUUCGCGCUUUGCCCUUGUAUGAGUCGCAACUCCUUGGUCUCUGUGCAGCUCUUCGGGGAGUCCGGCUGCCCAGACACCACAGCCUUCAUUGCAGGGCCGCUUGCGGAUGCCGAGAAGGCUCCUGGCGUCGCAGACAUCAUGCGAUUGGAUUGGACACCCUUCGGCAACGCCUACUUCCUCACGGCCGAGUGCGGAGGAGUGCCGGCACCGGCAGGAUGUGGCAGCUCUACUUCUUGCUUGUACAAUGCCACGGUCAGGGAGUGCUUCCUUGCCCAUUGUGGUCUUGGAGGGCAGCCCUUUGCGGACUGCUACUCACCGGGUCAUGUGCGCUGUCAGCAUGGCAGCGUCGAGUGCGUGGCCAACCAGCUCGAGGCCUGUGCGAAGAUGAAGGAUGCGGAAAGAUACUGGCCCAUCUCAAGGUGCAUAGAGACUGCCUUCUUCACUGGAAAGCUGCGCACGGGCACCUCCGGCCCUCAAGAGGUCCAUGAUGUCGCUGCGAGCUGCGGCCUAGCGGCUGAGACCUUCGACUUCUGUGCCUCGCAGGGCCACGAGGCCGUCGUUGCCAUGGCAAAGUCCACGCCUCCUCAUCCAGGUGUUCCGUACGUGUUGGUGAACGGCGUGGUUCUGUCAGAGACGAAAGACUUGCUCAAGACAAUCUGCGAGGCUUAUGAAGGAGAGAAGCCCGCUGGCUGUCUGAGCACAGAACCGGUGCAUGCGUAG